CCAGGGCUCCUCACAGGAAUAAUACUGGCAGUCAAACACAUGAGCAAAUCUGAUUCUAGGGCAAAUGUUAGUUACUUACUGGCCUAUUUGUUUCUUUCUUUCUUUUUUUUUUUUAAUAAUGUUUUAUUGUAUUUUCACUGAAACUUUGAACAGCAAAUUAGGUUCCCUUUUGACAGUUUGUACAGAAAUUGUUCACAGAGAUGUUAGUUACAUUUUUCACAAUGUAUCAAUAUUCUCUUUAAUUGCAUUCUGGUGGUUCCAUUUCCAGUACUAGAUCUAGUUUACCGGAUGAGCUAUAGAAAUGAUCCCUGAAAAUACAGUCUUUAGCCUAUUUCUUUUUGGUGGAGACAUUUCUGAGUAUAGAAGCAUAUAAUAGCUAGUCACACUUUUUCCCAAACUAUUGUGACAGGCAGAAGCUCCUGUAUUCGUUAAUCAGCACAUCCAGGGUAGAUACUAUCCCAGUUAACAAUUGAUAUUUGGGGAAAUAUGAUUUUGUGGUCAUGUACAGAAUGAAUAAGAAGGAUCAUAUUUAGGAGUUAUGAAGACUAGAUGAGAUUUUAUCACAGUCAAACUUUAAUGAGGUAUUAAGAUCCUUUGAUUUGCUAUCUCCAAACCUGACUUGUUAACUUAAUAUGCUUUUCUGUUGCUUACCCUGAGCAGCAUAUUACGUUGGAGUAUCUAGAUCGAUUCCAUUCGCUUCUGUCUAACCUCCAUGUGUUUGUUGCUGUGCCUGAGGACUUGAUCCUGUGUCUUGUCAUCUCUCUACUGUAUCUUUGGCUUUUAUUUAUUUUUAUGUUAAUAUGGCACUCUGCCCACCUUAUCCCCUCCUUGUUUUCCAUUUCCCCCAGAGACAACCAGUUCAUCUCUUUUAGCUCUUUGUUAUGGUAUUUACUUCCAUAUUUCUAAAUUGCCAGGUUAUUUUGCUGCACCUUGAUCCCCAUCUCCUCCUUCUAGGCAGUUAUCUGACGAUUUCUCCAUAUAGAAUAAGUAAGAAUUAGUUCACUUUCAUCCUCCACCCCUCAUACCCUCAACCACAUAUUCACUGACUCUUCCCAUAUCCCCAUUAUGCUAAUAUAGUUACAGCCACUCCUCACUUAGUGACAUAGUUUCCAAAGACCAGGUCAUUAUGUGAAAAUUGGUGUUAGGCGAAAAUGAAGGUUGACCACACCAGAUCACAAAAUGGAGAAUGACUAGAUCAUCAUAUAACUGCUAGAUGGUGUCAUGCUCAAUUACACCAUCACCUAACUGCCAAAUAUUACAUCAUUAUAUAACUGCUAAACCACUGUGAAUCAUGGGCCAGCCAAAUUGACAGUCUUAACCAUCACAGCCAGUGUUACUCUCACCUCACACCUCAGCGUUCGGUACUGUGAGACGUAUGUCGUUAAUGCGCAAAGUAGUUGGAUAGAUUUUUUUUUUCACUCUUGUCGUAAAUGCAAGAUGUUGGAUAAUGAGAUAGUCGAUAAGUGAGGAGUGGGUAUAGUUUAUAAAUUUGGUUAGAUCAUAAAUGAAUAAUUUCUUUUAUAAGGAUCAACGCAAGGCUUGUUCCUUUGAGGAGGUGGUUAAAGAUAUCCCAAAUGUCCAACUUUUCCAAACUGCUGUACCACUCCACCAUCUCUAAGAUCAACUAUUCCUUCUCUCCUCAGUACUCUACCUCCCAUUUUGGGUUCCCUAAUUUGCUGCAGUGUCUCACAGAAGUCAUAAACUGUAUGAAGGAAAUCGCUCAUGUGGUUGUGGAGGCUGACAAGUCCCAAAUCCGUGGGUCAGGUGUCAGUGUCUCUUGACUCACGUGGUUGCAGGUGCUGACGAUCCCAAACCAACAGUUCAGAACACAGGCUGCUGGCUCGCAAGGCUGUGAAAGCUGGUGAAUCAUGUCAGACGAUAGGCCGAUAACCCACAGGGCUCCGGAUGCUGGCAAAUCCCAGAAUUGAAAAAGUCCGGGAAAUUGAUCAUAAUAUGGAAUGGCAACACGAAAAUCAAGGCAAGCUGGGAAGUGUGGCAAAAGGUUAUGAAUAUACUACGUUUAAAAAACUUUGUCUCAGUACAGAUUAUGUGUCUUCAAGACAAAAACUUCAUAAAUGUGACACACAUGGAAAAAGUUUGAAGUAUAAUAUUGGUUUAAAUAGUAAUUAUGCAGGAACGAAUCCUAAUGGGAUUCAUGUACAUAAAGAAUCAUUCCUGGAUCCUAAACAUGAAGAAACUCUUAUUGGAAUAAAGUACUGUGAAAGCAAUAAAGCUGGAAAAGCGAUUCACAAGAAGUCACAGCUCGUAUGCCAGCAAAUGUGUAUGAGAGAGAAGCCCUUUGAAUGCAGUUACUGUGGGAUAUCCUUCAGCAGCAGGUCAUACCUUGAAGUGCAUCAGCAAACUCAUGCCGAAGAGCAACGCUACAAAUGUAAUGAAUGCAGGAAAGAGUUUAGCAGCAAGUCAUACUUCAUUGUGCAUCAGAGAACUCACGCAGGAGAGAAGCUUCAUGAAUGCAGUCAAUGUGGGAAAACUUUCAGUUUCAAUUCACAGCUUGUUAUACAUCAGAGAAUUCACACAAAUGAUAAUUCCUAUGAGUGCUGUGAAGGUGGGAAAGUUUUCAGCAGGAAAGACCAUCUCAUUUCAUUCCAGAGAACUCAUUCGGGGCAGAAAUCAUAUGGAUGCAAUGAAUGUGGGAAAUCUUUUGGUUUGAAAUCACAGCUGAUUAUACAUCAAAGAAUUCGUACUGGAGAGAAACCCUAUGAAUGCAGUGAAUGUCAGAAAGCCUUUAAUACAAAGUCAAACCUUAUGGUACAUCAGAGGACCCAAACAAGAGAGAAACCCUAUGCUUGUAGUGAAUGUGGGAAAACCUUUACUUUUCAGUCACAGCUCAUUGUUCAUCAGGGAGUUCACACUGGAGUGAAACCCUAUGCAUGUAUUCAGUGUGGGAAAGCCUUCAGUUUAAAGUCACAGCUCAUUGUACAUCAGAGAAGUCACACAGAAGUGAAACCUUAUGUAUGCAGUGAAUGUGUAAAAGCCUUCAGGAGCAAGUCAUACCUCUUUAUACAUACGAGGACUCAUACAGGAGAGAAACUCCACGAAUGUAAGGAAUGCGGAAAAGCCUUCAGUUUCAAUUCACAGCUUGUUAUACAUCAGAGAAUUCACAAAGGAGAAAAUCCCUAUGAAUGCCAUGAAUGUGGAAAAGCCUUCAGUCGGAAGUACCAGCUCAUUUCACAUCAGAGAACUCAUGCAGGGGAGAAACCCUAUGAAUGCAGUGACUGUGGAAAAGCUUUUGGUUUGAAGUCACAACUCAUUAUACAUUUGAGAACUCAUACAGGAGAAAAACCCUUUGAGUGCAGUGAAUGUCGGAAGGCCUUUAAUACAAAGUCAAACCUUAUCGUACACCAGAGAACUCAUACAGGAGAGAAACCCUAUGGUUGUAGUGAAUGUGGGAAAGCCUUUACUUUUAAGUCACAGCUCAUUGUACAUCAGGGAGUUCACACUGGAGUAAAACCCUAUGCGUGCAUUCAAUGUGGGAAAGCCUUCAGUUUGAAGUCACAGCUCAUUGUACAUCAGAGAAGUCAUACAGAAGUGAAACCUUAUGGAUGCAGUGAAUGUGGAAAAGCCUUCAGGAGCAAAUCAUACCUCAUUAUACAUAUGAGGACUCACACAGGAGAGAAACCUCAUGAAUGCAAUGAAUGUGGGAAAUCAUUCAGUUUCAAUUCACAACUCAUUGUGCAUCAGAGAAUUCAUACAGGAGAGAAUCCCUAUGAAUGCAGUGAAUGCGGGAAAGGCUUUAAUAGGAAAGACCAGCUCAUUUCACAUCAGAGGACUCAUGCUGGGGAGAAACCUUAUGGAUGCAGUGAUUGUAGGAAAGCCUUUAGUAGCAAGUCAUAUCUAAUUAUACACAUGAGAACCCAUUCUGGAGAGAAACCAUAUGAAUGUAGUGAAUGUGGGAAAGCCUUCAUUUGGAAGUCACUACUCAUUGUACAUGAGCGAACUCAUGCAGUGAAAAACCCCUAUAAAUGCAGUCAGUGUGAAAAAUCCUUUAGUGGUAAGUUACGCCUUGUCAUACAUCAGAGAAUGCACAUGAGAGAGAAACCGUAUGGAUGCGGUGAAUGUGAUAAAGCCUUUAUUAGGAAAUCUCAGCUCAUUGUACAUCAGAGAACUCACUCAGGAGAGAAACCAUAUGGAUGCAAUGACUGUGGAAAGACCUUCUCUCAGAAAUCGAUUCUAAGUGCACAUCAGAGAACUCAUACAGGAGAAAAACCCUGUAAAUGCACUGAGUGUGGGAAGGCCUUUUGUUGGAAGUCACAGCUCAUUAUGCAUCAGAGAACUCAUACAGAUGAAAAAACAUAGUAGUUAAUUAAAAGUGAGAAACUGUCUUAAAAGUCAUUUGGGAAACUAUAAGUGGACUCAUUACACACCAGAAAACUUACACUAAACAGAAACCUUAUGAAUGCAGGGAGUGUGCAAGGGCGGCCAUCCACAGAAACCUAUUGUUUACACAUAAAAACAUAAAGUGUAGAAACUAUGAGUACAGCAAAAGUGAGGCAGUCUUUAGCUUAUAUCUCAUUUAACAUCAGAAAUUUCACAUAGGAACCCUAUUGUGUGAAUGUGGGAACCUUUUUAGCAGGUCAUAACUUAACAAUUUAAACAGGUGAGGAACCAUAUGAAUGAAAUAAUUGUUGGAAAGUCACAAAUACAAAAAUAUAAAAGGAGGAAUCUCAGUGAAGCCAGUGAAUAUAGAACAGACUCCCUUGAAAGUCACAGUUUAUUAAACAGGAUUUUAAUGAGAGAAACUAUAGAACCAAUGAAUGGCAGAAUUAUCAAAAUUGCAAACUUUAGAAGCUCAUAUCUUGGACAAACUAUGCUGAAAAUGAGGAAAAUCCUUUAUCUAGAAAUGACAAACCUAUCCCCUAAAAUUGAUGUACGAAUGAAGAUCUGUGAAUGUAUUACGUGAGUUAAAGCCUUCAGCAGGAAAGUUCACCUUAGCAUAUACCAGAUAUAUUCUGGAAAUACUAAUUGACUUUAUUUGCAAAAAUAAUUUUUUUUACAAAUUUUUUCAAAGAAAAUCAUGUUCCAUACGUUCCAAACUUUUAGGGAAAAAUUGGAGAAAAUGUUCAUGAAUGUGGAGACAUAUUAAAGAUUUUUUGAGUAAGGAAAUGUAAUAAUCAGGAUAAAAAUGGUAAUAUCCUAAGACUGCAAGGAUACUUAGAUGUUAUAUUCUUAUAUGUAGUACAUAAUAUGAAAUUUGCAUACUUUGACGUUUUACUUCUGAGUGGCACAUAUGAAACAUAGAUAGUAUAUACACUAACAUCUCAUUAAUUUCUACUGUGAAUAUCAGUUUGCGUCUUAACAAAUGACCUGUCACUAGACUAAUAUGGCUUACUGAAAGUAUACGUCAACAGUACAGAAAUUUUCUGUUAUUUUCCAGCUUGUGUAAGUGGUCCUGGAAACUACCUAUUAAUAGAAAUCAAUAUAGUAUACUUUUCAUGUGUUUGUGUAUCUUGGAAUCUAUUCUACGCUCACUGGUUAUAACAUCUUGAUUUUCUUUGAGGAAAAUAAUCCCUCACAGCGUAUGUAGUCAUGAUGUGACUGUCAUUCAUUGUGCCCUGAGAUUAAACUAGCGCUAUCUUGGAGGAAUCUGAGAAUUCAACAAUGCAGAUAUUUCUGAAACAUUGUUCACUUUGUAUGUUCACUUUGUGCUUUUUCCUUGAGGAGGGAAUCCCAUGUGUUACCUAGAGAAACUGUUAUUGGAAAGAGAAAUUUAGUGAUUUCCAAAUGCCUAAUCCUUUCUGUAUUCAGCCCAUUAUACAGAAUCAAAUCUCAAGAUACCUGGAGUGAAGAAUGAUACUUCACAGAAGAGAAAGCUUAUGUAAAGAGUUGCAUAUAUUUGCUAAAUUAUUUUCCCAAAAUAUAAUGGGAAAUAUUAUGGAAGUGUAUUUUGUCAUUGUUGUACUGAGGUAGACAAACACUUAAGAGGAAGCCGAUAUUUAUUGUAAUGCUACUGAGUUACAUUUUACAGUUUACUGUGUUUUCUCAUGCAAGUUUGCCCUGUAGAAGCCAGAGAUGUUGGCAUAAUGUUGAGGUUAGAAACCAAGUACUGUGGGAAAGAAGAAUGCUAAAUUAGGUCUCUUGUCUUUUUCCAAUCCCCUAUCUAUGUACGUGGCCCAGAGAAGGUCAUGGCUGCAAGUGUUCACUUGGUUCCUUUUUCUAGGCAGGGCAUGCACAAGCUCCCAUUGGAGUGCAUUGCCUCAUCUCACUGUACAUGGGAGAAUUGGUUCUGUAGCACCAUUUGAUCAGCACAGGUCUUGAAUGACUUGGAUUCUCAGAUACUAUGUUUUACUACAUUGAUGAAAUCAUGAUGAAAUGACCUGAAGAACAGGAUGGAAAAGGCAUCCUCUAUUCUUACGUGUAACAUGGGUUAUGAUGGAAAGUAAAUUACUUGAAAAUGAUGAUACCUAACAUCUCAGUAAAAUGUCAGAUAAGCCCAUGAUUUGGGGGCAUUUUAGGUUGUUUCUUCCAGAAUGAGGGCCUUUGCUUCUUCAUGCAUCCUAUUAUCUAAAAAUCAUGAUUCUUGAAGUCUGUCUCUUGGGUGUGUUGUCCACAGUAACAGAUGUAAGAGGGGGAACAAAGCAAGUGAUUAUCUUAAUACUUUGCAAAUUAGAAAUAGAAAACACCUUCUUUCAGAGUAAGUAUAAAAACAUGCAACCAGUAUGCUUAAUGCUGAAGCUUUGAGCACUUCCCUUUGACAUUGUGACGAAGACGAGUGUGACUACCAACACUUAUUUUCAACAUUGUAUUGGAGGACCUAGCCAGUGCAGUAAGGCAAGAAAAUUAAGAGGAUUGAAAUAAAAAAAACAGUAACUCUUAGUAUUUGCAUAUGUCACAUGUAUAUGUACAGAAACCAAGAGAAUCUACAAUAUUGUAGGAAUAUUGUAUAAUGUGUUUAGCAGUAUUUCUGCAUAUAGAAUAACUUUACAAAAUAGUUUUAUUUCUGUAGUCUAAUAAUGAAAUUUAUUUAUAAAUACACCAUUUAUAAAACAUCAAAAAUUGCCAGAUACCUAAGAGUAAGUCUGAGGAAAGAUGUUCACAACCUCUGAAAAGAAAACUUCAUUAAGAGGCAUUCUAGAUGAUUGAAAUAAAAGGGGAAAUUUCUCAUGUUCAUGAAUUAAGAGAGACAUGUAAACAUUUUUUGAUAUUGGUCUAUAGAUUCAUUUUAAUGCCAUGGAAUCUCUAAUAAGUUGUAUUUUUCAACCUGAGAAGGUAAUUUUUUAAAUUUACAUGGAAAUCAAAGGGGCUAAAGAUCAGCCAAGAUGAUCCUGAAGAGUAACAAGUAAUGAUAAGCCUAUAGAAAUCAAGAGAGUAUUAGUGCAAAAGUAGGUAGAAAACUGCAGCAGAAUACAAUCCAAAAAUAGAUGCGUAUAUACAUGGGCAGUAACUACUGGGUAACCACAUAACAAAACAAAAACAAAAACAAAAAAAAAAAACCCAAAAAACCAA